UCUAAGAGAGAAAAUGAGUUGAGAUUCCUUUCUCUGUUUAGAAUUUUAUCCCAUAAUCUUCUAAGUCGAUAUUGUCAACAAAUUGUAUUUUGUUCUCAUCACCAUUUGCAAAUAGUUAUCUCUUCACAACCAUCCAAAGCUUUAGAGGAAACGUGAAGAAAUGGAGAAUAUGGAAUCAACUGUUGGAAAUGAGCAGAAAAUGAAUAACGGUCUGAUACAUGAUAUUCUUGUAAAAAUCUUUUUAUGCCUCAACGUCGUGGAUGUUGCAGUUGCCUCCCUAGUUUGCAAAUCUUGGAAUAAUGCUUGUCGUGACCCAUCUCUCUGGAACAAGAUUGAUCUCUCCAGACUCCGUUCUUACUGCUUCAACAUACCAUUCAAUAAAGUUGGAGCUUACAGAUACUCAAGUUUGAAGAUGACUCAAUUCUUGAAACAUCUUCUUGAUCUGAGUAAUGGAAAUACCACCUACAUUAUAUUCAAUUUUUAUGUUUACUUAACCAAUGAACAGUUCAUCAUGGUGGCACAAAGGACGCCAAACCUGAAACGAGUUGUUCUACCAGAGACGGGUGAUUUCUCAAAAGCAGGAGUGGAUACCGUACUGAGCUUAUGGAGAGGUCUUGAAUCCAUUACCAUUACUUCCGCUGUGUCGAGUUAUUACAUGAUCCUAGCUCUUGGAAGACACUGCAACAACAUCACUGAGCUGAAAUUUUCUGAGGGCAACUUUGAAGAAAAACAUGCUGUGGCCUUGACUAAAUACACCCCGAAGUUGAAGAUAUUGAGCAUUCGGAAUUUAGCAACGAGCUUGAAGGCAUUGUUGUGUGUGCUGAAUUUCUUGGAAGAUUUGGAAAAGUUGAACAUAUGCAACAGUUUGAUUAUGGACACAUCAUAUCCUCACAUAGCAUUUGUAGAGGAUAGUGAUCUAGAGAACAUUUUGCCCACAUCGAGUAUGGAAAAGCUUAUAUACUGUGAAAGAGGAACGUGCUUGAGGUGCAUGAAUGGUAGAGACACUACUCGAAGCAGACAACCAGAUGGACCCCUUGAAGAUAUAUGGGGAGAGGAUGAGAUAGCAUCUCUUGUACAUUUGCCUCAACCUUCUGAGGCUGAAAGGUUUGCUACCAGACAUGUAAGAGUGCUACCGUUCAUGAAAAGAAUGAUGUACAACUCAAAUUGAUGAAGAGUAGCUACAUCAUCAUAGUUAAUUAUCUAAGUUACUAGUAAACAAAGACAUUUUUCUAUAUUUAAGUGUUUCUGCAUUGCAGGUGUGAACAUAUUUCAGUGUUUUCGAUCUUGCUUGUUUGAACAAUAUUUACUUAUGACAUAAUUCUAAUA